AUGAUAAUGAAGACAAUUAGCAGUUUUGGUAAUUAAAAAAAAUUAAAGGUUUUUGUAAUAAUUGUGAUUAUUAGUGAUGUAUAGUUUAUCUUUAAAAUGAUAGAAUUGAAAGUAAUUAAAUACUGGAGGCUUUUCAUGUUUAAUUUUAUAUCAAAAUCGGCAAUGAUCUUGGUAUGGUAAUACUAUUUCUACGUCUAUCAUUUAGUUGA